AUGUGCAUCGCGCUGAUCUCAACCGCUCACCCGUCAUAUUCGUUAAUCAUCAUCGACAACAGAGAUGAAUUCCUGCGACGACCAACUUCCGCGCCGGACUGGUGGCCGGAGCCAGCAUCGUAUGUCCUCGGCUCACGCGACUUGGCGCGGGCCACGCAUGGCACCUGGAUGGGCGUCACCAAACAGGGCAAAGUAGCGGUGCUCACCAACUACCGCGAAGAUAAAUGCGCCGAAGCCGUCGGGCUACAUAGCCGUGGCCGAAUUGUCAAUAGCUGGCUGACCAGUCCUCCCAGCGAGGGUCAGACCACCCACAGCUUUGUGCAGGCGAUGGUCGCCAGCCCGGAAGCCAAGCAAGUCGGGGGCUUUAGCCUGGUUUGUGGCCGGGUCAACGAACCCUUGGCCAUUGUCUCCAACCGUUCAUCCGACAUGGACCAGAUCACAUGGGUAGCCGCCGAGAAGAAUCAAACCCGUGGGCUUAGCAACACCAGUGUCGAUGACCGCACAUGGCCAAAGAUCCUGGACGGUGAAAGGCUCAUGCAGAGUGCUAUCGAAGAACAUGUACAAGCCCAAGAGGGUGAGGAGACCCUGCUACAGCGUCUCCUCCAGGUGCUCAGCACCGACACCCUGCCACGACUGCCAGAAGGCACCGGUGUCGAGACUUACAUUCAACAGCUACGAAAGAGCAUCUUUGUUCCACUCAUUGGAGCCGACGAGGACGCCAAUCAAGUCGCAGAAGAAAUCGCCGCCGCCCAUGUUGAGGACGAGAUGCAGCAGCCCCACACAAAUGGGGCCCUGGGCCAGAACUAUUCUUCCGGGCCGUACGGGACUCAGAAGCAGACUAUCCUUCUAGCUCGGCCUGACGGUCGAGUCCGGUAUUUUGAGCGGACCCUUUACGACCAUCACGCGAAGGCCGUGCCUAUCGGGCAAGGCGAUCGAUCCUUCGAGUUCCACAUCGAACAAUAG